AGGCAGGGGGCGGGACCUCGCAGAUUCCCCCGCUGAAGCUAUGCGGCAGCCAGCGGUACGCCUGGUGCUGCUGGGCCGGCUACCCUACAACGAGCUGCUGGCCCUGCAGGAGCGCUGGUUGCGGCGGCUGCAGGCCGAGCCAGGCACUGAGGCCCUGUCAGGGACUGAGGCGGGCGCACUCCUGCUCUGCGAGCCCGCGGGGCCCGUGUACACGUCCGGGCUGCGCGGCGGCCUGACCCCGGAGGAGACGGCGCGGCUGCGGGCUUUGGGCGCCGAGGUACGCACCACAGGCCGCGGCGGCCUGGCCACCUUCCACGGCCCAGGCCAGCUGCUCUGCCACCCAGUCCUAGACCUGAGACGCCUGGGCCUGCGCCUGCGCACCCACGUAGCGGCGCUGGAGGAGUGCGCCGUGCGCCUGUGCGAGUUCCAGAACUUGCGGGGCGCCCGCGGCCGGCCUCCGCCCUACACCGGCGUCUGGCUCGGGGAGCGCAAGAUCUGCGCAAUAGGAGUCCGCUGUGGAAAGCACAUCACAUCCCACGGCCUGGCUCUGAACUGUUCUACAGACCUUGUGUGGUUUGAUCACAUUGUCCCCUGCGGGCUGGUUGGGACAGGUGUCACCUCUCUGAGUGAGGAGCUCCAAAGGCAUGUCACUGUGGAUGAAGUAAUACCACCUUUCCUUGACGCCUUUAAAGAGACCUACAAGUGCACGUUGAUCUCAGAAAACAGCUCCAACUGAUGAGUGUUCAUGUUAUCACAGCUGGGAGGUCCUGCUUGAAAAGCACCCAGACUGACUUAGGAGUCACUGAAACCCAGAUUCUAGAGUUGGCCCUGUCAUUCAUUCACCAUGAGACUAUGAGCGAAGUAUGAGCUCUUAGCCAUUGUUUCCCUAUGUCUACUGGCUUAUUUAUAUCUUCUCACCUACCUCAGAUAUGGUAGAUGCAAAAACAUUAUGAAAAGCAACACAUGAUGUAUAAAUGGAAGACAUUAGCACUACUAUUGACCCCCCCCAUUUUCUCAGCUUAGAAAAACUCAGAUAUAGAGGAUUAGUUUUCAAGUAUUUACCACUUUCUAAAUAAUGUAUUUAAUUUGGUGAUUCUGGGCUCUAGUUCCUUUGAUUUUGGGGGGAAUCAUAUCUCUAGAUAGCCCAGGUGAAAGUGUAUGGUGGGGAGCUUUCCGCAAUAAAAGGAAAAGGGAAAGGAAUCUUUAAAGAAUAAAAUGGGAUCUUGACUUCCUGCAUUGGAUUGCCAAGCCUGAUAGCUAUUUUUAGUUAGGUAACCUGAGCCAGACCAGAGGCCAGGAAAAGACAAGAAUAAUUUCUCACACUGUACAAAUGCCAAAGGUAGAAGUAAGUUUUCCUUAAGUGAGAUCUCUAAAUUUAUAAGGCUGUGUAUUAACUACUCAUUGCUAUGUAACAAAUCACCCCAAAACUUAAUGACUUAAAACAAUAAACAUUAUCUCAUAUAUUCUGUGGGUCAGGAAUUUGGGAAAAGCUUAGCUGGGUGAUUUCUGGGUUGAGAUCUCUCAUGAGGUGUAGUUAAGAUGUCUGCAGGAUCAACUGUCAUCUGAAGGUUUGACUGGGAAUAGAGGCUCUGUUUCUAAGAUGGUUCGAUCUGCCUCGUUGGUACUGGUUGAUGACAGGGCCUGUGUUCCUCACCAUGUGGGCCACUCCAUAGAGCUACUUGUUCCCCCAGAGCAACUGAUGCCAGAAGAGAUAAGGUGGAAGCCACAAAGUCUUUUAACAGAGCCUUGGAAGUUACACAGUCAUUUCUACCAUUUCCCAAUAGAUGAACCCGACUCAGUGUGAAAGGGACUACACAGGGUGAGGGAAAGUGAAGAUCAUCAGGGACCAUCUUCGAAACUGGCCAACAUAGGCAGUUACGGUGGAAAGAUCCUUGAAUAAAAGUCAGGUGACCCAGGAUUCAGUCCCAGCUCUUUGGGCAAGUCAUUUACCUCUCUGGGCUUCAGUUUCCCCUAUAUAAGCACUGUCCAAUAGAAAUACAACAUGAGCCACGUUGUAAUUUUGCUUUUACAGUAGCCACAUAAAAAAAGGAAAAAUAAACAGGUUGACAUUAAUAACACUGUAAUUAACCUAAUAUAAAGAUGUUUUACAUUCUUUUCUCCAUGCCAUAUCUAGAUAUUCAGUGUGUAUUUUCCUUGUAGCUCAUCUCAUUUUGGAAUUUUCACACUUCAGAAGUUCAGUAGCCACAUGUGGCCAGUGGCUACCACAUUGCAAAGCGCAGCUUUAGGUAAUGUAUCUGAAGACCUGAGCUUCCAGGGUCCUAUGACCCCAUUGGCUUCUAGAAGAAAGGUGAGUCUUCCCACUUCUGAGGUUUGAUGUUUAACUCUGCACACAGUUUUUAUCAGUUAUUCAAGCUGGAAUGGACUUUGGAGGUAUAUACCUGCCUCCUCAUUGUACAGAGAUGAAACCAAGACUUGGGAAGAAACUUAUUCAAGGAACACAGAGUCAAUCACAAAGCCAGGAUUGGGUGCCAGAUAUAAGCCCAUUCUCAUGUUCUUUUCCUGCUGUGCACAUUGACUUAGCACUCAGGACAGUAUGAUUUAUAAGUCAUGAACACUUGGUCAAUAUUAGUUGAUUGGUGGUUUGUCCACCCAUUAUUUACCCAUAUCCCUUUUCUUUUGUUUUCCCUCUAUGGAGCCAACAGUGCUAUUGUAGGAAUGUGGGGGGUGGAUAGUUGUUGAUAAUUACUUUGCAGUAUUAUUGCCAAAAAGGGAAAUAAUUAUUCCAGGAAAAGUGAGUUAGAUUCUCAUGGUUGGAAGGCUGUGCACAGUGUUGCUCCCCAUCUAGUGUUCAACUACCCUCUCUAGCAAUGCUCAUAAAGUGACUAUACAGGCUGGUCUUGAAUUCCUCCAGAGACUGGGAAAGAAACAUCUAUUCAGCACUUAUUUUUAGUACCAGGUACUGUGUUAGCCCUCUUAAGUACAUUGUCUCAGUCAGCAGCCUGUCCCAUGUUUCUGGAACACUGGGAAUCAUUUUGCAUGGUGUAAUGACUGAGUUAUCUGACCUUCCUGAGCCUUCAUUUCAUUAGGCCCAAGGCUUGGCACAGAAUAUACAUCAGGAAAUAUAUGCUAAUUAUUAAUGUGGUUCACCAGAUAUUUCAGGCAGGACUGUACUGCGUGACUCCCUUGUGGUUGGUAGGGGCCAAGCAACUUGUUCUGAUCAAUGAGUUAUGAAUGGAGGUGACAUACCACUUCUGAGCUGGAGCACUGAAUUGCUGGUGUCAGGCCCCUUGGGGUUUCUUUUUCCCUCUGGAAGGGUGACCAACAGGACAAUGUCACACACUCUAACGAGAGCCUUGGAUUUCCAGGCAUCCUGGAAGAGCCAAGCCUCCAAGAACAGGUGGACUGUGGGUCACCAGAGCCAGGAGGAUGCAGAGUAGAAGGCCAGGAGUCCGGCGGAGGCCAGGACCAUGGGAUCAGGUCAGGCGGCCGCUGUGGGUUCCUGGCUCCUCUUCCUGCCUGGACAGAGCCCACUUCCGGUUUCCCACAAGGGCCCUUCCUCAAGGAAGGAAGCUGAGCUUAUGAAGAAGGAUUUUUUUUUUUUAAAGAUUUAUUUAUUUAUUUAUUUAUUUAUUUGACAGAGAGAGAGAUCACAAGUAGGCAGAGAGGC